AUGAAGCUGCGGAAUGGUGUGAGCUAUGAGCAGGAAAAUGCCUGGCUCCAAUUUCAUGCAACUUCACUCCCUGAUAGGGUGAUUUCUGGUAUGGCAACCCAUCGUUCUCUCAGCUCCUUCCUAUAAAUAUACCCACCAUAUAAUAUUGGCAUACCUGAAUGUGCUUUUGUACCACAAUUACGUAUGUGAAGAGCUUUGAGCUCCUAACAGUUUCUUUAUUAUCAAUUACUGCAGCACCGGAACAUCAGAAACGGCCUUUUACUGAGUCAGAACAUUGGUCCAUCUAACUCAGUACGGGAUGCGGGUGACACUGUGCGUUAAACCACAGAGCCUAGGACUUGCUGAUCAGAAGGUCAGCGGUUCGAAUCCCCACAACGGAGUGAGCUCCCGUUGCUCGGUCCCUGCUCCUGCCAACCUAGCAGUUCGAAAGCAUGUCAAAGUGCAAGUAGAUAAAUAGGUACCGCUCUGGCGGGAAGGUAAACGGCGUUUCUGUGCGCUGCUCUGGUUCGCCAGAAGCGGCUUAGUCAUGCUGGCCACAUGACCCGGAAGCUGUACGCUGGCUCCCUCGGCCAGUAAAGCGCGAUGAGCGCACAACCCCAGAGUCGUCCAUGACUGGACCUAAUGGUCAGGGGUCCCUUUACCUUUACCUUUAACUCCGUACAGUCAGCUCUGACUAGUAACAGUUCUCUAGAAUUGCAGACAUACAUCUUGCCCAGCACAGCCUAUAUCUUCCGUAUAUCCGUGAGCCCUGGUCUUCUCCCAAGCGUGUGCAAUAUGUGGGACUGCCUUUGAAAAUAGAAACCAGGAAUAGAAACUUCAGUUGGUCCCUGACUGAGCAGCAAACUUUUUAAUUUGGACUGCCUGAUGCAAUCCCAAGACACCAGUUAUUUUCCACCUGCCGUGGCUGUUUCUCCAUUUUUGGCCCAAGUCAAAGCGCUCGUCUUAACCUCUAAAGCCAUUCCUGGUUGGGGCUGUGUGAUCAGUUGUCUAUGCACUGGUAGCUUCAAGUCUUUUGAGACUGGUCUGCAGCUAAUGCAGAACACAGCAGCUAGGGGGCUUGUGGGGGCAAACUAGCGUCAGCAUAUUGUUUAUAUAUUUGCAUAUUGUUUGCAGUAUUUGUACCAGGUGUAAAUCUGCUACUGAGUCAAGUUGAAGGUUUUUGGUGCUAACUUAUAAGGCACACCUGACCAUUAGGUCCAGUCGCGAACGACUCUGGGGUUGCAGCGCUCAUCUCGCUUUACUGGCCAAGGGAGCUGGCGUACAGCUUCCGGGUCAUGUGGCCAGCGUGACUAAGCCGCUUCUGGCGAACCAGAGCAGCGCACGGAAACGCCGUUUACCUUCCCGCCGGAGCGGUACCUAUUUAUCUACUUGCACUUUGACGUGCUUUCGAACUGCUAGGUUGGCAGGAGCAGGGACCCAGCAAUGGGAGCUCACCCCAUCGUGGGGAUUUGAACCGCCGACCUUCUGAUCGGCAAGUCCUAGGCUCUAUGGUUUAACCCACAGCGCCACCUGCAUCCCUUUUUAAGGUAAAGGGACCCCUGACCAUUAGGUCCAGUCGCGAACAACUCUGGGGUUGUGGCGCUCAUCUUGCUUUACUGGCCGAGGGAGCCGGCGUUUGUCCGCAGACAGCUUCCGGGUCUUGUGGCCAGCAUGACUAAGCCGCUUGUGGCGAACCAGAGCAGCGCACAGAAACGACAUUUACCUUCCCACCGGAGCGGUACCUAUUUAUCUACAGUGGUAUCUCAGGUUAAGUACUUAAUUCGUUCCAGAGGUCCGUACUUAACCUGAAACUGUUCUUAAUCUGAAGCACCACUUUAGCUAAUGGGGCCUCCUGCUGCUGCCGGAGCACGAUUUCUGUUCUCAUCCUGAAGCAAAGUUCUUAACCUGAAGCACUAUUUCUGGGUUAGCGGAGUCUGUAACCUGAAGUGUAUGUAACCCAAGGUACCACUGUACUUGCACUGUGAUGUGCUUUUGAACUGCUAGGUUGGCAGGAGCAGGGACCCAGCAACGGGAGCUCACCCCGUCAUGGGGAUUCAAACCACCAGUUUAUACCUAAAUCCGGCCCUGGACAAUCCAAGCCCCCUCCUUGAUUUUGCUGCAACCAACCCUGGCCCGAGGGAGCGCCCCAGGAGAGGGCUUUUAAGAAAGUCCGAUUUUUGCAAGCUCAGCGGGACUCGUUCCUAAGCAGCAAAGCUGACACCACCUCCGCCUCCGAGGAAGGAGCAUGCGCCGCCGGCCGAGCCCGUGUGGGCUUUCCCUUCCUCCCCGCUACCUUGCAAAUAGCCGCCCGCCCGGGUGGCCCCCGGAGUGGCGCCUGUGUCUUUAAGAGCUGGCUCCGCCCCCUGGCUGCUUUCUUGGCGAAUGUUGCAAGAUCCAGGCCGGGACUUUGCAGCUCGGCGUUGCAUUGGGCGGAGGAGGAGCCCCGACGAGCCCCCCCCCCCGAUCGGAGCACCUGGCCGACCCCCCCGACCCCCCGCCCCCAGUUAGGAACCCAGCCGAGGGAGGGAGGGGCUCCGCAGCCGGAGGCAGCGAGGCCUUGCAAAGCCUGGUGAGUUGUUUGCUGGCGGGUGGGGGUGGGGGGUGGGGAGCCCGGCUGGCUUGGGGGGGGCAUCGUGCAAGUGGGGGGGGGGAGUCCAGGCGUCAAGCCCGCCCCACCCACGGCCUCCCCCGAUGCUGAGAUGCGUGGAAAGGGAGUGCCUGGGAGCUUGGCUUGGAAUCUACCUCCCCCCCCCGCCCCCAAUUCCAGCCAGGCUCAGCCCUCGGGUUUUGCCACGGGGAGAGCACCUCUGAGCAUGUGCAGAGUCGCAUCCCACCGCUACACACCAUCAGGAGUCGGGAGAGGCCAGAGCCGAGCGUGGGAGUUGCCAGGGGUGAAACUGGAAUGAAAUAUUGGGGGCCCCAGGUAAGCCCCGCCCCACAGAAUCGAUCGCACGCGCACCAUGCCCAUCAGCUUUUUGGGGGGAGGGGUAGCCCCUUCAAAUAUUUUAUUGGGGGGCCCAAAGGGACCUCGGCCCUUCGGACUUGGCUCCUGUGGGGUUUGCCUUCCCCCAGUCGAAGUGCCUGCAUGAUGCGGGUGUGUCGUUGCAUUCACACAUUACAUUUUUAGGGGUGGGUGGGUGUGAAAAAACAUAGUCUGUGAAGGGGCUCCUGGGCUUGUAUCUGGGCUGGUUCAACCUUGGGUCUGACUUGGCACUCCUUCCGCUUCCAUCUUGAGAGGAGGUGGCUGCUGUAGGUGGUGGUGCUGUUUGGUUGCAUCAUUUGCAAGUGGCAAUUAUUCCGGAUUACUUCGUGUGCAGGUGUGUUGCGCUUGUGGGCACGGGAAGUGGGCAGAGGAAUGUCUGCCCGUAUCCUGCCUCCCUUGGGCCCCGUCCACACCAGGACGUGCCACUUCAAACAGCCAUGGCUUCCCUUCAAAGAAUCCUGGGAACUGUAGUUUAAGGGUCCUGGCUGUGGUUAGGAGACCCCUGUUCCCCUCACGCAGCUAUGGUUCCCAGAGUGUCUUAAAAGUCAAUCCCUCCUCUGAAGGAACUUUGAGAGUUUCAGCUCUGUCACACCUUCACAAACUGUUCCCACGAUUAUUUGGGGGAAGCUGUGAUGCGAUCCCCCUUUAGAUGUGCAGUUCAAAUGGGGCCUCAGUUGUUGGCAAUUUUUGUAAACCUGCCUUAUGCAUUUACAAAAGCUUUUUGUGCAUAUUAUUACUAUUAAUAAUAAUUUUACUUGUACCUGCUUCUCGGCCUUUUGGCUAAGAUCAAGUGUAAUAUAAAAACAUAAUAAAGCAUUACACAUCAAAAGGCUUCCCUGUACAGGGCUGCCUUCAAAAUAAUAAUAAUUCAAUAUUUCAAUUGAACAAAAUAAAGCAGCAAAAAAAUAAUAUGUGCAGAAAAAGUUUAUCUCUUGCUAUAUACACAAACUGUUUCAAUUCCAUAUUUGCUCAUCUACUAUAUAAGUAUUGUUAUUAUCCUAAACAUAUAUGUUUAGUCACAGUACCACUGUGUAUUGUAUAUUGUAUAUUGUAUAAACGCAUCCAAAUGUCAUUAUAUUUGUCCAUGCAGAGUCUACACCUAUAAGCAAUCUGUUUGUAAGCUGCGAGUGUAGUCGUAUCUUCAGUCCGUUGAGUAAUCUCUCCGGUGCAUCAGUGUCAGAAACUUGCCUCGCCAGAUUAGCUUGGUGCAGGAGAUGAAUAAUAACAAUAGCCUUGUGACUCUACAUGGUUUGCCAUUGCUUCUCCCUUGGGCAGGUGAGGGUCGUGGGGCUGUGGCCGUCUCCCGCCUCCCGCCAUGGCAAUGAGGGAGCUGGUGGAGCCGGAAUGCGGAGGCUCCAAUCCUCUGAUGAAGCUGGCCAGCCAUUUCACCCAGGACAAAGGCCUGCAGCAGGAGGGUCUUCGGGGACCCCUGGCUUGGCCUCCCAGUGCCCCCGUGCCUGAGGUGGUAAGUUUGGCAAAGCGGGAAGGGGCGGGAGGGGAGGAGUCAGAGAGUGGUACCGCUUUGGGGAGCCGGGAAUCGUCUUAUCUCUCAUCCAGGGACACACUCCUGCUAGUGUCUGUCUGUUCAGAAUCACCGCUUCUUCUUUUUAAAAAAGGAAAAUAAUCCCUCAGUGGUUAAUGCUAGGCCUUCUUAUCUCCCCGCCCCCCACCCCAUCUCUGCCUAUUUAAAAACGGAUAAUACCCAUUUGUCCUGAAAUUGUAAAAAACAAACAAACGCAUAGAGAUAAAGAAAGCACAAAUCUGUUGGGGGAGGCAACUCUUUAAUCCUUUGCGAUUUCUAUUCUGCCAUCGGGUAGCAAUCUUUUUCUCUUCUGCAGGUGUCCAAACCUCUUGGAAGAGCCUCUGAAGAUGAAGUAAGACGUCCCAUGUUUCUUUCCUUUGUUUUCCUCCUUCUCCCUGACCCACGCAAUAUUGUUUCCUCGCACACAGGCUAGGGCUGGGCAGUAUCUGGUUUUCAACAGAUACUAAACAUCACAAUGGGACGCGGGUGGCGCUGUGGGUUAAACUACAGAGCCUAGGACUUGCCAAUCAGAAGGUCGGCAGUUUGAAUCCUCGCGACGGGGUGAGCUCCCGUUGCUCGGUCCCUGCUCCUGCCAACCUAGCAGUUCGAAAGCAUGUCAAAGUGCAAGUAGAUAAAUAGGUACCACUCCAGCGGGAAGGUAAACGGUGUUUCCGUGCGCUGCUCUGGUUCGCCAGAAGCGGCUUAGUCAUGCUGGCCACAUGACCUGGAAGCUGUACGCCGGCUCCCUCGGCCAAUAAAGCGAGAUGAGCGCCGCAACCCCAGAGUCGGCCACGACUGGACCUAAUGGUGAGGGGUCCCUUUACCUUUAAACAUCACGAUAUACCAAUAUGUUACUAAAACAUCUGAAAUAAGGAUGGAGCUAUGUAGAGGCAUUGGCAGGCUUCAUGGUUUUCUCUACAUCGUGAUUUUUUUCCACUGCCUGUUCUUGUGAUUCUCUGCGCCCCUGCAUGAGCCGGGAGAGCUAACAGGGGCUGCAGGAAUCAGCAGAAGCAUCUUUUCCCAAAUCGUGAUUUUUGCAUAGAACACACACACACACACACGUCAUUAUUCGAGAUAUAUUGCCAGCUCAAAAAUUCUGAAACCAAUAUCACAAUAUGGACUUCAAACCAGUUUUGGACGAUCCAUCACCCAGCCCUAACACACACCAUGAUCCACAAUAUAAUGCCAGGUCAAAAAUUAUGAAACGGAUAUAAUGAUAUGGCCUUCAACUGGUUUGGGACCGUAGAUCACCCAGCUGUAAGACAUGCUGACGUUAUGUUUUCUGGCAGCUGGUGGCAGAGUUCCUUCAAGAGCAGAAUGGCCCCCUGUUGUCCCGUGCCCCACAAACAUUCAAGAUGGAUGACCUGCUGGCCGAGAUGCAGGAAAUUGAGCAGUCCAGCUUCCGGCAGGCUCCGCAGAGAGGUAAGAGGCCUGGCCUGGGAGUCGUAGCAUGAACCAGACCAGCAAAAUAUUUCUUGGGUGAAUGGUGGCAAUGGCCGCCCAUCCACUGUUGAGGGGGAUGUGCCCUCCGAGGAAGGGGAUGGAUUGGGAAGAAGGACCAGGAAGCCAAUUCUGCUCCAUUGGGACUUGUCUCAUCCUUGUGGGCACCUGAGCUAGCACCAUUCUGACUCCUCCGGCUUCCUCUUCUCAGCUCCAGGUGUGGCGGCCCUGGCUUUGUCGGAGAAUUGGGCGCAAGAAUUCCUUGGCGCUGCCGACAGUACAGUGGACGUCUCAACGGAUUACAAUGAAGCUGAUUGGUCCCAGGAAUUCAUUGCUGAGGUUACAGGUGGGACAGGAGUUGGUAAGGGGGUGGCAGCCCUGUUAAGGGAAGUUUUUAAUGUAUGUUUUUUCGUGGUUUUAAUAUUCUGUUGGGAGCCACCCAGAGUGGCUGGGGAAACCCAGCCAGAUGGGCGGGAUAUAAAUAGUAUUGAUGUCAGGGAACUGCCAUUGGCUCAGGGGCAAGGGGGGGGGAAGGUGGAUGGAUUACAGAGAGCUCCGAAGAUCGUGGGAAGCAGCACUUCCUCAGUGGAGGAAGGAAGCCACGCCUCUAGUGGGGAGGAGAUGCAGGGCUCGGAGGAUGCAAGGCAGUGCCAGGACACCUUGCCUGGGCAAAGCUGAGAGGAGAGAGGUGCCCCGUUACCCAGACCUUCCUUGCGCAGUAGGCUUCCGCGCAGAGAGGGGAGGCGUCGGCUGGGGGUCAAGAGACUACUCUGCUGGGGAAGAUUUAAGGACCGCCCACUCUCAGAUUCUGCUAGUGAAUGAGCAAGACAUGGAAUAGAGACGCUCUGCAUUGUAAAGGUUUUUAGCACCAAUAAUAAAGCUUUAGAACAGACCAGUGAGGCAUCUUGCCUGAUUGCUCUCGAGCAACCACCCGAUAGCCAUAACAAUUAUUAUUAUUAUUAAAUAUUAAUUAUUUUAUUAUUUAUUAUUUCUUCAAAGAUCCCUUGUCUGUGUCUCCUGCCAAGUGGGCCGAAGAAUAUUUGGAGCAGUCAGAGGAGAAGCUGUGGCUGGGUGAAUCAGAAGACCAGACCCUGGCUGAUAAAUGGUGAGUACCUCUGUUGCUACUUCCUGCAGUGACGUCGGCAAGAUAUUGGGAUUUGAUCCACGCUGCAGCUCAGAGUAGCACUCUGCCCGAGUUCUGAGUAGACAGGUCCAUUUUCACGAAGCAGCUGGCUUCUCCUGCAGCCCCAGGGGGAAAGGUUUAAAAUUACACCAUGCCAGAGAGGUCUUCAGUUUAAUGUACUUUUUCCAAGGCUUUUCGGAUCAACGAGAGAGAGAGGGACAUUGUUAUCCAGACAAAGAACCUUGAAGCUCUCUGGGCUGCUGUUGUUUUCCAUGUUGCCCUGCCAUAUUGAGUAGAAUUAUAGUGAACUGAAUGGAGAAAGGCAUUUAAUAAGGGAGCUGCUUAGAAAUGGCUGCUGUUACCUAUGUUUUGUUAACCUUUAGGUUGGACUACAGGGGGACGCAGGUGGUGCUGUGGGUUAAACCACAGAGCCUAGGACUUGCCGAUCAGAAGGUCGGCGGUUCGAAUCCCCAUGACGGGAUGAGCUCCUGUUGCUCGGUUCCAGCUCCCGCCAACCUAGCAGUUCGAAAGCACGUCAGAGUGCAAGUAGAUAAAUAGGUACCGCUCCGGUGGGAAGGUAAACGCGUUUCCGUGCGCUGCUCUGGUUGGCCAGAAGCGGCUCAGUCAUGCUGGCCACAUAACCCGGAAGCUGUACAUUGGCUCCCUUGGCCAAUAAAGCGAGAUGAGCGCCGCAACCGCAGAGUUGGCCACGACUGGACCUAAUGGUCAGGGGUCCCUUUACCUAGGUUGGACUACUGCAAUGUUUUAUAUGUGGAGCUCUCCUUUGAAGGCUACUCUGAAAUCUCAGCUGGAGCAGAAUGUGACUGCUAGACAGCUGAUUCACGCUGGGGAAAUGGAACAUAACCAGGGCUUAAGGAUUUCCCCCCCAGAUUCAUGGUGUAUUCUGGGCAUUACUGAAGACAUAGGUGCUUAACUUUGAAAGCCCUUUAUGACUUUGGACCACCUUCUCCCUCUUAAGGAGGCCAAACACUUUGAUAAUCUUUAGAGGCUCCUUUAUGUAUAAUAAUUAUUAUUAUUUAUUAUUUAUAACCCACCCAUCUGGCUGAGUUUCCCCAGCCACUCUGGGCGGCUCCCAAUCGAGUGUUAAAAGCAAUACAGCAUUAGAUAUUAAAAACUUCCCUAAACAGGGAUGCCUUCAGAUGUCUUUUAAAAAUAAGAUGUCUUUUAAAAAUAAGAUAGCUGCUUAUUUCCUUCACAUCUGAUGGGAAGGCGUUCCACAGGGUGGGCGCCACUACCGAGAAGGCCCUCUGUCUGGUUCCCUGUAACCUCACUUCUCGCAGUGAGGGAACCGCCAGAAGGCCCUCGGAGCUGAACCUCAGUGUCUGGGCUGAACGAUGGGGGUGGAGACGCUCCUUCAGGUAUACUGGGCCAAGGCCGUUUAAGGCUUUAAAGGUCAGCACCAACACUUUGAUUUGUGCUCGGAAUUGUACUGGGAGCCAAUGGAGGUCUCUCAGGACCGGUGUUAUAUGGUCUUGGCAGCCACUCCCAGUCACCAGUCUAGCUGCCGCAUUCUGGAUUAAUUGCAGUUUCCGAGUCACCGUCAAAGGUAGCCCCAUGUAGAGCGCAUUGCAGAAGUCUAAGCGGGAGAUAACCAGAGCAUGCACCACUCAGGCGAGACACUCUGUGAGCAGAUAGGGUCUCGGCCUGCGUACCAGAUGGAGCUGGUAGACAGCUGCCCUGGAUACAGAAUUGACCUGCGCCUCCAUGGACAGCUGUGAGUCCAAAAUGACUUCCAGGCUGCGCAUCUGUUCCUUCAAGGGCACAGUUACCCCAUUCAGGGCCAGGGAGUCCCCCACACCCGUCCAUCUCCUGUUCCCCCUUGUCAGGAUUCAACCUCAAUCUGUUAGCCGCCAUCCAUCCUCUGACUGCCUCCAGGCACUCACAACUCACCUUUCCCAGGGACAGCCAUUUUGUGAUAUGGAAAUCUCUCUCCAGAGAGGCUGUCCUGGCGCAAUCUUGUCUUUUCACUUGAAGGACUCUCCCCGCCCUCUGGCCUUGCCUUUCAAUUCAUUUGCCUUUCUCUUUCUGUUCCUAAUUAUGGCUUUAGUUUUUGUUGUUGGUGGUGUAGGCUGUUUUCUGCCAUUUUAAUAGUCUUUCAAAUGCUGUUAUUGAAAUGCUUGUGUACUGAUCGUUUAAGCUGCAUUGCAAACUGGAGGGUUGGGAGAUAUAAAAUAAACACACCAACGGUUUAUUUUUGUGAUGGUGUGCCAAACGCUUAAGUACAUAGCGUCUUCCUAGCUUGUUCCUGAACCACCUUUAUUCUUUCUGAUCAUAGGUAUGAGGAAUACCAGCCUGAAGAAGACCUCAAGAAAACUGCCAAUGAGUUUCUCGCAAAAGUGGAUGACCCAAAGCUGAAUGACUCUGAGGUAAAAAAAGAGACUAGAGUUCUCUUCGUAGGGAACUGGGCACAGAUAAUAUGAGUGCUUGACCAUCAGCCCACCUGUUUUCCCCAGCCGCUCUUGGGCAGCUUACAGCAUAUCUAAAAACAUAAUAAAAACAUCAAGCGUUAAAAACCUCCCAAUAAAGGGCUGCCUUCAGAUGUCUUCUAAAAGUUGUCCCCUUGACAUCUGAAGGGAGGGUGCCACCACCGAGAAGGCCUUCCUGGUUCCCUGUAACUUCGCUUCUCGCAAUGAGGGAACCAGCAGAAGACCCUCAGAGGAGGCAACAUUUUGUUUCCUCCUCAAAAUAUUUAUGUCUGUCUACACUCACACAUUCUUCUCCCCACACACCUCUCCCUUCUCUGCCCUCACUCCUUGAAAAAUGGCAGUCUUGUUUUAAGAAUUGGGAUUUGGAUGUUCCCUGAUCUUCUUGCUUCCAAUCCAGGGCAAAAGGUUGGCAGAAAGGGCUUUGAGCUAAGGGAGGGGAGUUGGCCUAGACCUUCCAGUCUGGUGUUAUUCUUGGAGUUACUUUCAAGGAAAUAAGAGUUUCUGACCCCGUUCAACUGUUUUGAGCGGCUACCACUUGAGAGGGACCUGCUCCUAGGUUCCUUUUCCCUCAAGGAAGCCAAAUGUGCCUCCUCUUUUCUUUCCUGCCGGCUCUGCUCGGUCUGGACGGUCCAGGCUAGUUCAGAUAGAAGUGGUUGUGCUGAGGGAUGGAUGGUGAUGGUCUCUCUCCCUGUGUCUCCUUUCUUCAUGCAGUUCCUAAAGUUUGUCCGCCAGAUUGGAGAUGGGAGGGUGUCCAUCGAGGCAAAUCGGGUGACCAUUACCCCCAGAGACCAGGAUCAGGCAGAACAAUGGGCAACUGAGUUUAUACAGCAGCAGGUAGGACUCCCAACAGGUAGAGCUCUGCUGCUCAUGGGCUGUGUGCUUCUUUGCAACAUGCUCUUGUGUGGCCAAUAACCAAUGUCUUCAGUGUUGGGAGUAGGAACUGGGGGCCAGGAGUGUCAACUUGCACAAAGAGCAGUGUGUAUGUAGUCUAGGGGCAGAGAAGACUCACAGCGCAGACCUUCCAGGGAUGAUUCUGUCCUGUAGGCCCAAAUUUUUACGCUUUGCUGUGCCUGCCAUAUUGUUUGCCAAGAAAUGGGACAGUAAACACAUGAGACGUAACCGGCUGUGUUCUUAUAUAAAUAAGAUAUACUAUUCAUAGUAUCAAAUUGUAAAUUUCAACAGAAAUAACUCAUAAAGUUCAACAAACGAACAAAGCAGAAGACCCAGUGGAUCAAUUCAUGCAUAAGGUCCAUCCUUGUAAUGGUGUCCAUUCCACCUGUCUGUUCUUAAAGUCCAAACCAUCCACAUGAAAGGCAACUACUAUGCCAUAAGAUCCACUGCCCUUUAAUAUCACAUAUGAGCUUUAACUACUGAUGAAGCCCAGGACGGCGAAACAAGGCCAGUAUUCCGGAAAUCCUUGUCUUAGACUUUGUGAAAGGAUCUUGUGGAACUGUAACAACCUUUCAUGUCGAUAGUUUGGACUUUAUGAACAGACAGGUGGAACGGACACCAUUACACGGAUGGACCUUAUGCAUGAACUGACUAUAGAAUGAUCUGAUCCACUGGGUCUUCUGUUUUGUUCAUUUGUAGAACUUUAUGAGUUACUUCUGUUGAAAUUUACAAUUUGAUAUUAUGAAUAGUAUAUCUUCUUUAUCUAAGAACACAGCCUGUUACGUCUCAUGUGUUUAUUGAGUAUGCUUUAUGUGACCAUAGGUUUGUUUGUUGUUGCUUUGUUAAGAAAUGGGACAGGGCUCACCCUUUAUCCAUCUUUGAGGUGGGGGAAAGUACCUUCCUGCUAUGCUCUCUUUCUAGAACACAUCCGAAGCCUGGGUAGAUCAGUUUGCACACUCUGCAGACACGCUGGGCCUAGAGAACGAGUUUGAGGAAGCCAAGACUGCUGUGGAGGUAACGUAACAACUGGUGAGGGCAGGGCUCACCUGGAGUGAGUGAGUGAGUGAGUGAGUCAGUCAGUUUUAUUGCACAUAGCCAAAGGCUGCCGCAGUGUACACAGAAUCAUUCAACAAUUAGAAGAAAAUAUACUGGAUUGAUACAAAAAACUUAAAAUAUUUAUAUUAUCAAAACAUUACCUACUCUCAACAGAGCUAUAAAAGUACCUUAAUAUACAAGUUAAGACAUUAAACAAUAAAAUUUAUAAGCUAAAAUUAUCACAUGACCACUAAUAUAUUAAAAAAUAAUGUUAAUUAAUACAAUGUGCAAUUAUAUUUGAAAUUUGGUGAUAAAGAUAGAAUAUAGCUUGAUGUAGAUAGGGUCAAAUAAAUUCAUCUCCUUUACAGUUGGUGGCUACCUUGGCUAUAUAAUUUGCUCUAAUUUUCCUAACGGCAGUUGCAAAGAGUGCUACACGCCAGGUCACGUACUUAUCUGUGUCUGCGAGGAGAUAUAAAAUCAUGUCAGAGGGGUUCUGGCCAGGGGACCUUGUCAUCAUAGGUGCUAAAAAUCUUUCUCUUGCUUCAUUAUAUAGGGGGCAGCGAAAGAUAUAAUGCAUAAGGUCCUUUACUUCAGGACAUCCCCUAAUGCAAACACGUUUGUUUGUUGGUAUGCCUCUGUGUCUCCCAUCUCUAUAAGCAGAGUUUAUUGUAUUUAAUCGUAACUCUGUAAAAGCUUUGCCCUGCAGUGAGAUUUCUGCUGCGUUCAUUUGAGAGACCUGGUGGGUUUCCCUCACCUUCCUUUCCCCCUCUUCUUUAGUCAGAUGUGGACUUCUGGGACAAGCUCCAGGCUGAGUGGGAGGAAAUGGCCAAGCGAGAUGCGGAGGCCCACCCUUGGCUAACGGACUAUGAGGAUCUUGCCAGCUCCUCUUAUGACAAGGUACUCCUGCAGAGGCUCUGCUUGGGGCCUUCUCCUUCUCCCCUCACCCUGCCUCCUCAUCCCUAUUGGUUGCUCAACUUCAGAUUGUGAGCAAGUGGGUACAGAAUUCUCUCUCUGUGUUUAAUUAUGCAAUGCCUAGUAAAACUACAAUGUCCAGACCCUGCACUUGUCAUCUGAGGCCCUUCUCUAGGUCCCUCAUCCCAGAGAGAUUCAGAGUGUGGCAACAAGAGAAUUGGCCUUUUCUGUGGUGGCUCCCUGUCUGUGGAAUGCUCUGCCCAGAGAGGCUUGCCUGGCACCCUCAUUACAUGUCUUUAGGCGCCAGGCAAAGACCUCCCUCUUUACCCAGGCCUAUGGUUAUUAAAUAAUCUAUGGCCUGUGAUAGACUAUGACCUGUGAUGAUUACUAUUUUAUUAUUAGGCUGUCUGUCGUUAUACUUUUUACAGUGGAACCCCUGUUUUCGAACGUCUCAGCUCCCAAAAGUUUUGGAUGCCAAAAACCUGGAAGUGAACACUUCCGCUUUCGAAUACGCCUAGGAAGUCAAAUGGCUUCUGGGGCGCAUUUCUCAUUUUACUCCAUUGAAUUUGCCGAUAGCCCUUUGAUCCUCGGUUUUUGAACGUUUCGGAAGUCGAACCGUCUUCCGGAACGGAUUACAUUUGAAAACCGAGGUUCCACUGUAUUAUGGUUUUAUCGUUGGUGUUCUGUAAUGUAUUUUCAAUGUUGUACACCUCCCUAGGAUCUUUUGAUAAACAGCAGUACAGUGGUACCUUGGGUUAAGAACUUAAUUCGUUCUGGAGGUCUGUUCUUAACGUGAAACUGUUCCUAACCUGAAGCACUACUUUAGCUAAUGGGGCCUCCGGCUGCCAUGCCGCCAGAGCACGAUUUCUGUUCUCGAUUUUUGAAGCAAAGUUCUUAACCCGAGGUACUAUUUCUGGGUUAGCAGAGUCUGUAACCUGAAGCGUAUGUAACCUGAAGCGUAUGUAACCCAAGGUACCACUGUAUAUAAAUUGAAUCAGUAAUAACAACAACAACUUACGAAGUAACCGUCAUAAAUAAAAUAUAAAAUGUAGGUACAAGCAACUCCGGACUUGUGCAUGACACAUGUGGUGCCGGGAACUCAGAAGUGGGGAGCAGCCUGGAGUAUGUGUUGGGGGUGCUCAGCUGAUGCACAGGGAAGCAGCAGCAGCUGCUGCGCUACCCCAGACACCAGCUGUUAGGCAGGGAGGCUGAGCAGCCUCAACAAAGCCCUGCUGCCCCUCCCACUCACGAGGAAAUCUUCCCCGGAGCCCAAAGAGAACGUCCUCUCUGGGGAGGGUCUCCUUGCUAUGGGAUGAACGGUCUGUGUUCCUCCGCCCCUUGAAUAAAAUAGCAAAUGCUGCAAGAUCCACUUUAAAAGCAACAACAACAACUUUACUCUCCCUCCCUGGUAGGGAUACCAGUUUGAAGAAGAGAACCCCGUUCAUGAUCAUCCCCAGGCCUUUGAGGAAGGGCUGAAGUGCCUGGAGGAGGGAGACCUGCCCAACGCCGUCUUGUACUUUGAGGCUGCUGUGCAGCAGAACCCGGAUCACAUGGAGGUGAGUGAAGGGCGGCAGAUCCAGGCCUCCUCUCCUUGGGAUUAGGUUAGGCUGGGGAAGGUUGCCGGGGGGUGUUGGCCCUUUGUCAAGACAAACUGGGUCAGCGCUCAUUGCUUUGUUGCACUGUGCUAGCUGCUGAGUUUCCCGGCUGUGGACGAUGGGAAAAUGGGCAGCCUCUGCCUUGGCCCUGAGUGGACUCGCUUCCCUUUCAGAGCGCUGAGAAGUUGGGCAUUUUGGGGGAGAGGACGCAGAAAUGUUUCAGAAGUUGGGUACUUGCCCUACUCUUCAGCACUGCUGGUAAGCAGAAAGAAAACAGCCCUGACUCCUUGUCAUGUCUUCAUUUCAGGCCUGGCAGUACCUGGGAACGACGCAAGCAGAGAAUGAGCAGGAGCUUUUAGCCAUCAGUGCUCUCAGGAAGUGAGUAACCUGCCUGGCGUAGUAACGUCUUGAGAUUGUGCUGCUUUUUUGGGAAUUGCAGAGGCAAAGUGCAGCAUGACACCUAGAACCAAGUGGCUAGAGAUGCUGGUGGUUUACUGAAUCUUUAAACCUCGUUCUUCCGCGACCCGAGUCCUAGCGUUGAUAUGAUUUGAUAUGAUAGGAUUCCAAGAACUCCAUUCAUAAAUUUAUAAGCCUCUGUGGAGAAUAGCUAUGGGUGAUAUAUUGAUAUAUCUUACAAAACCAGUUUGAACUCCAUAUUAUGAUAGCAGUUUCAUAACUCUUGAACCUGGUGAUAGAUUGUGAAUCAUGGGGUGGGUGUGUGGGUGUGUGGGUGUGAUGCAAAAAUCACAGUAUGGAAAAAACUGAAGUCAGCCAAUGCCUCUACAUAGCUCCAUCCUUAUUUCAGACAUUGUAAUAUAUCUCAGUGUUUAGUAAAUGAUAUAUCACGAUGUUGAAAACCAGAUAUCGCCCAGCGCUACCGUUCACCUUUAUAUAGUUUCGUCCUUAUUUAAAACAUUAUGAUAUAUCAGUAUAUUGUGAUGCUUAGCUUGUGAUAUAUUGUGAUGUUCUCCCUAGUGGAGAAACAGUCCCCCUUAAGCCUAAUUUGCUUUUGUUUUUUUGUGGUGGGGGGGGAGCUGCUAGAAAUUCUGGACUAUGGAUCAGAGCACAGAUGUUCCUUAUCAGGCUCUCGAGGGCAGAACUAAGGAAAAUGAGUUGAGAACUCGUGAUGCAAACAGGUGUUUGCUCCUUUAGGAUGGGAGGGUUGAAUGCCCAUUUUCUUGAAGGCUGUACCAAUUGGCCAUCCUGAUUGGCUGCCUCGGGUUAUGAGCCCUGGGCCGUCAUUCGCUUAAAUUUGGGCUUUGGGCUGUUAUGUAGUAGCUCUCAUCGCAAAGGUUCCUGUCAUGAUUCCAGAUUUAAGUCUGCCCUGCUGCUCAACUUCCAGUGUCUUGUGUGUUACACAAUGCCUUAUGAGGAAUGGCUAAGGGAGCUGGGCAUGUUUAGCCUGGAGAAGAGGAGGUUAAGGGGUGAUAUGAUAGCCAUGUUCAAAUAUAGAAAAGGAUGUCACAUAGAGGAGGGAGAAAGGUUGUUUUCUGCUGCUCCAGAGAAGCGGACACGGAGCAAUGGAUCCAAACUACAAGAAAGAAGAUUCCACCUAAACAUUAGGAAGAACUUCCUGACAGUAAGAGCUGUUCGACAGUGGAAUUUGCUGCCAAGGAGUGUGGUGGAGUCUCCUUCUUUGGAGGUCUUUAAGCAGAGGCUUGACAACCAUAUGUCAGGAGUGCUCUGAUGGUGUUUCCUGUUUGGCAGGGGGUUGGACUCGAUGGCCCUUGUGGUCUCUUCCAACUCUAUGAUUCUAUGAUUCUAUGACUUAAUCUUUAGCCAGAUAAGAUAGUUUUGUUGUUUUCCUUGCUUCCGAGUUGCUUUAAAUUGUGAUGUCAUUUGAAACCCUCUUUCUCCAACAGACCUUUAAAUAAAGUUUUUUAUGUUAUUAUGAAGAAUUGCUUUUUGUUUGAGUUCCUGAACCUUGGCUGGACCCUAAAGACAGCACAGUCAUCACAGCCUCCUAUUUGGUUCCUAGUUGUCUUCCUUUGCUUUAUAAACUAAAAUAUUCCAAGCCUUUUCCUGUAGGGAAGGUCCUCCCCCAAAUUCUGAUCAUUUUGGUUGCCCUUCUCUGCAUUUCUUUCCGCUCUAUCAUUAGUCCCUUGUUUUGAGAACUGAACUGUAUGCAGUACUCUUGAAUGUAGCUGCACCAUAAAUUUAUGCAAGGCCACUGCAAUUCUGCUCACUUUUGGGCCAGGGACAGCAAACCCGUUGUGGAAAGCAAGCAGCAUGAAAAAGCUAGGCAAGUCUCUGGCGUAAGACAUCCUUUGCAAAAUACAAUAGUUUGACACUGUGCUCAAACUGCAGGAUAUUAGCAAAGGAAGGAUGACACCUGUAGUGUACUGGCAGCUGGGGAAAGGAAAGCAGAGCCAAAGAGUGACCAGGAAACUGUGAAGAAUUACAUUUUUUCUUGGCGCGACUGAUGGCAGCCCACAGAGUUCCCUCACAGUUCCUGAGCCUUUGGCAGACGCUCGCCGCACCUUAUUUUAGCAUGAAAACCUGAGAGUUAACAGGACGGAAAACACAUGUUUGUGGCAGAGGUCCAUCUCUCAGUGCUGCCCAGUUGCAAACCUUCUUGUGGGGGAAGAGCUUUAUUUUGUUACGAAUUUCCAGGCUUAGGAGCUCUCUGCAGCCAGUACAUUUGUAAUAGCUGCUGCAGAUCUGCCAGCUGGGGAGGGUUUGCAUCUCAGGAGGGAGCCUGGACCCUCCCAGCCAGCUGGGCUGCUUUUCAUUUUGGUAAGAAUGUUCUGAGAUAAGAAACAAGAAACCUGCUCCUUCCCUCCUCCUCCUCCUCCUCCUGAGGUUACAGUAAUGAUCCCCUUCAGUUUUUUGACUUGCAUGUUUUGGCCUCUUUCCCACAGGUGCCUGGAGUUGCAGCCCGGGAACCUCACGGCGCUCAUGGCUUUGGCAGUCAGCUUCACCAACGAGUCGCUGCAGAAGCAGGCCUGCGAGACCCUGCGCGACUGGUUGCGCCACAAGCCAGCCUACGCUCAUCUGAUAGGGAAGGAGGAGGAGGAAGCCGGGAGCCCCAGCCCGGGCCUUGGGCCUUCCAAACGCAUCCUGGGCUCCCUUUUAACCGAGUGAGUGUGGGGAACGGGGGAAAGCGAGGAUGGAAGAGGACUGGGGAAAUACAGACGGGGUUCAUGCAUGGUGGGGGUGUGGCCCGGUUGACCCUCAGGGCUCCCUUCCAGCUCUGCAAUUCUGUGAUUCGUUACCCUGUUGUAUAUCUUUCUGGGACGCGGGUGGUGCUGUGGUCUAAACCACUGAGCCUCUUGGGCUUGCUGAUCAGAAGGUUGGCGGUUCGAAUCCCUGCGACAAGGUGAGCUCCUGUCCCAGCUCCUGCCAACCUAGCAGUUCGAAAGCACGCCAGUGCAAGUAGAUAAAUAGGUACCGCUCUGGCGGAAAGUUAAACGGCAUUUCCGUACCCUCUGGUUUUCAUCACAGUGUUCCGUUGCGCCAGAAGCAGUUUAGUCAUGCUGGUCACAUGCCACAGAAAAGCUGCGGACAAAUGCUGGCUCCCUCGGCCUGAAAGCGAGAUGAGCGCCACAACCCCAUAGUCGCCUUUGACUGGACUGAACUGUCCAGGGGUCCUUUACCUUUUUUACCUGUACAUUUCUCUGUCCUUUCCACACGCGCCCCAGCUCGCUCUUUGUGGAAGUAAAGGAGCUCUUCUUGGCGGCUGUGCGUAGCAACACCUCUGCCGUGGACCCUGACGUGCAGUGUGGCUUGGGCGUUCUCUUCAACCUGAGCGGCGAGUACGAGAAGGCUGUGGACUGCUUCACUGCUGCGCUGAGUGCGCGGCCCAAUGUAAGGCGUGAGCGCAAGCGUGGCUGAGAAAAGUGUGAGGUUGGGGAGGUGGACUUACAGGGUGGGAAUCCUGUAUCAGGGCUGCACCACUCAGUUCGCGGGUGUGGGGAUUGCCUGACCUGAAUGCUCAACCAUGUGAAGAACAAAUAAAUGUGCUGCCCACAUAGAAAAUAGAGCACAUCAGAGGCAAAUGAGUUCGGACUUGGCCUUCUCUUGAACCCUGCUAAGUGGGGGGAUGGUUAUUUCAUUUUCAAAAUCAAAGCCCACAGUCUUUCCGUCAACUUUAAGGCAAAGGCAGGUUCAUAAAGAUGAAGGCAGUUCUUUAGUGUCCAGAUUCUAGACUGCCGUGGGCUUUAAACAUCUACUACUAAUAAUAAUUUAUUAUUUGCAUCCUGCCCAUCUGACUGGGGUGACCCAGCCACUCUGGGCAGCUUCCAACGUAUAUAAAAACAUAAUAAAACAUGACACGUUAAAAAGCUUCCUUAUACGGGGCUGCUUUUGGAUGUCUUCUAAAAGUUGUAUAGUUACUCGUCUCCUUGACAUCCGAUGGGAGUGCAUUCCACAGGGCAGGUGCCACUACCGAGAAGACCCUCUGCCUGGUUCCCUGUAGCUUUACUUCUCAUAAUGAGGGAACCGUCAGAAGGCCCUCGGAGCUGGAUCUCAGUGUUUGGGCUUAACGAUGGGGGUGGAGACGCUCCUUCUGGUAUACAGGGCCAAGGCUGUUUAGGGCCUUAAAGCUCAGCACCAACACUUUGAGUUGUGCUCAGAAAAGUACUGUUUUCUAAACAAAAGCACCUGGAAUUGGACCUAUAAGUAACUAUGCAACGUGGGUACCAGUGAGCUUUUUAAAAUCAUGGGGAACUUGAGGGAUACAGGGGUCACCAGUGGGUGGGAUCUGGAAGACUUUGGAAGCUGGGAAGGAAUGUGCUGCUCUUGAAUGAAGCAUGCACUCUCCGUGGAAGAACUCCUGGGUUUAAUAAGGCUCUCUCUGGUCUCCCCGCAGGAUCAUCUCCUCUGGAACAAACUUGGGGCUACUUUGGCCAAUGGAAACCGGAGUGAAGAAGCUGUGGCAGCCUAUAGGCAUGCCUUGGAACUGCAGCCCGGCUACAUCCGCUCCCGCUACAAUCUCGGCAUCAGCUGCAUCAACCUUGGCGCCCACAGGUGAGCGGCUUAAGGGGCUGGCAAAGAGGGACAAAGAAAGGUCAGGCUGCCUCUGCCCCCUAUGCCCCCAUAGCUGUUGACCAAAUUCUGGGUCCACUUCUUGAGAUCUGGUGAAAACGGCACCAUUCUGAUGGUGGCUUCGUGGCUCUUCUUGAGAAUGAUUUGCUAGUCUUUUGGAAUGUGGACGGAGCCCAGGCAGUUGUCAGCUGUGCUUUUCUGCAUCUCAGGGAAAGUCUGAAAUCAUUCCCAAGAGCCAUGGAAGCUAACCAGAAGCUGCUGGGUGGUGGUGGUGGGGGCAUUUGAAGAGGGAGCCUACAGUCUUCCCCAACAGCUGGGCUGCUUUUUGCAAGCGGUAGUGUUCUGAGAUGAGGAGAGACUAGAAGCCUGUCGCCAGGCCAUUACCAGGUCAAAAUGGUCACCUCCGCUCACCUUUGGUGUUCCUUGUUUGAAUACUUAAAGGAAAGAGUUCUCCGUAGCUUUCCAUAGGUCGGAUCAAUCCUUUAAACUGGAAGCACUGUGGAUAUGUCUUUGUUUUGGAGCCUGGCCUGUGGGUUCUGUGGUCCCAGUUCCCUGACAAAUAUUACCUAUCACCUGGGGUCAGAGGCACCUUUAAAAAUUAGUGAUGCUUUUUUGAAUGCAGAGUUAAAGUAAAUUAUCAAAUCAUCAAUUCUAGCACGCAGGGGGCCAACAAAAUAAUAUAAUUUGGCAUCUGAACAAUUGGCAUUAUUAAUUGUAUUAUAAUUUGGUAUUGACAAUGAGGCUUUUAUUGGGUUAUUGUAAUUGAAAACUAAUUUAAAAAAUACUAUACAAGCAAAUAUUAAUAAUAGUGAUGCUUCUUCCAUGCAGAUUGGUUUGGCCCUGAUUGGCUUCUUGCCUUGGCUUUACGAUUUGCAAGGGUUAAGCAGGAGUAGAGCAGCGUCUAGUACCAAUGUAUUUCCAUAGCUCCUGGGGAGUUGUUGCUUGACAAGCAGGGGGCAUGGAAGAGUGUGGGAGCCCUGGAACUGCUGCCUUGAUCUCGCCAUGUGUCAUGCGCUGGUUGGAUGCAGAGGAAUGGGGGAGGGAACCAGGUGAGGAACCAUCAAGGGAAGAGGGCUCAGAGCCCAGGGAGUGGUGGUGGGACAACAAUGAGUGGUCAGAGGGAAAACAUAGGGAGGAGGAGGUUUUGGAAGCUGAAGAGGUAACAGGGCUUAGUGAGCUGGGAGAGUCUGUGGCAGAGACAAGUCCAGAAGCGGUGGCAGGAGCAGAAGCAAGUAAGUUGGAGGCCAAGAGGCAGAGAUGAGUCCAGCUUCUUAAGAGUCACAGGUGUCUCUCCCUCCUGCUGCAGAAAGCUCACCUGCCCCACCCUCGUCUCCUGGAACCAGCAGAGGCAUGAAGAGGGUGGAGAAGUUGGCUUCAUGCAGGCAUAGUCUCUGAUUGCUUGAGACAAGCCCUGGGGAGGAGGGGACUUAGGCAGCUGUGGACCUUCAGUUCCAGCAACUGCUUCAAGGGGGCAACGCCUGGUGGAGAUGAGUUGCAAAGGCCCAACACUCCUGUGUCAAACUUGUUCUUGCUAUUGAAAGAGUUAACUCCCAACUUGAAAGGUCCCUUACCUUUCCCGCCCUGACCUAGCCACAGUGAUCCAUGCCACGGUCAUCUCCAGGCUUGACUACUGUAAUUCGCUCUACGUGGGGCUGCCCUUGAAGCUGUCCCAGAAACUCCAGCGGGUGCAGAAUGCUGCAGCAAGGCUCCUCACGGGGUCUCUGCCAUGGGAGCAUAUUCACCCAGUGCUUUUCCAGCUGCACUGGCUCCCGGUGGAGUACAGGGUCAGAUUUAAGGUGCUGCUUUUGACCUUUAAAGCCCUUCACGGCCUAGGACCCUCGUACCUACGGGACCGCCUCUCCUAGUAUGCCCCACGGAGAGCCUCAAGGUCCAUAAACAGCAACACCCUAGUGAUCCCAGGCCCUAAGGAAGUUAGAUUAGCCUCAACCAGAGCCAGGGCCUUUUCAACUCUGGCUCCGGCCCGGUGGAACGCUCUGCCUCAUGAGACCAGGGCCCUGCAGGAUCUGAUUUCUUUCCGCAGGGCCUGUAAGACAGAGUUGUUCCGCCUGGCCUUUGGCUUGGAGCCAAUUUGAUUCCCUCCCUCUCUUUCUUUUUUCUUUUCCUUCUCCUCCUGCGAUGAGGCUACAUUUUAAUAUUUUAAUGUUGUAUUUUAAUUUUGUUUUUAAGUUGUAAUCAUUCAACUUGUUUUUAUUAUUGCUUGUAAGCCGCUCUGAGCCCGGCCUUGGCUGGGGAGGGCGGGGUAUAAAUAAAAAUUAUUAUUAUUAUUAUUAUUAUUAUUACUACUGCUGGCUUGUUCCUGACACCAUGCCUAAUUCCUGGGUUUUCCUCCACGUUCCCUUCUCUCUGCUUCCCUUUGACACUUGCUCUCUUGCUGUCUUAAAACAGGGAGGCUGUGGAGCACUUCCUGGAAGCCUUGCACAUGCAACAGAAGAGCCGGGGGCCGCGGGGCCAGCAGGGGGCCAUGUCUGACAACAUCUGGAGCACCCUCCGUAUGGCGCUCUCCAUGCUGGGCCAGAGUGACCUUUAUGGGGCGGCUGACGCCCGGGACCUUCCAACACUGCUGCAAGCUUUUGGGAUUCAGCAGUGA